AUGCCGGGUCAGUCAACUAAAGCAGGGAAGACCAAGAAGAAGGAGAAAGGAGGCGUGGUGGCAGAUAGAGCUCCAGUGCUGCUCCUGCUCCUGCUCCUCCUCCUCUUCAGGGAACUUUGCUGCCCUGGGGAGAGCACAGCUCUAGGAUCCCAUCGUCCAGCAGCAGGAGAGCCCCUCUCCUUCUGCAUGCUCCAGGUCUCCUCCUUUGCCAACAACAGCUGGGCGCAUACCCAGGGCUUAGGCUCACUGGGCAAGCUGCAGACUCACUCCUGGGAUGGUAUCGUGGGCACCAUCCUCUUUCUGAGGUCAUGGUCCCAGGGAGACUGCAGCAAAGAGGAGAUGAAGAACUUGCAGGUGCUGCUCCAGUUGUACUUUGCCAGGGAAGUGCAGGAAGUACAGGCCUUUGCCAGUCAAUUUCAGUUUGAAUACCCCUUUGAGCUCCAGAUAUCAGCUGGUUGUAAAAUGCACGCUGGGAAGGUCUCAGAAAUCUUCGUAAAUGGAGCAUAUCAAGGAUCACAUUUCCUCAGUUUCCAAGGAAGUUCCUGGGUGCCGUCUCCAGCAGCAGGGAGUCAGGCCCAGAAUGUCUGCAAGGUGUUCAAUCACUACCGAGAUAUUAAAGAAAUAGUCCAGAGCAUGUUUGGUCACGCCUGCCCUCGAUUUCUGGCAGGCCUCCUUGUAGCGGGAAAGUCAGAACUGGAAAGACAAGGUGAGCCCGACUCUCUCUCCUCUCUUAGCUGGGUGUCCAGAGGUCCCAGUCCUGGGCAUGGCCAUCUGCUGCUGGUGUGUCACAUCUCCGGAUUCUACCCAAAGCCUGUGUAGGUGAGGUGGAUGCAGGGUGAGCAUGAGCAGAUGGGCACUUGGUACAGUUACCUCCUGCCCAGUGCUGAUGGGACAUGGUAUCUCCGAGUGACCCUGGAUGUGGCACCUGGGGAGGCGGCUGGCCUGUCUAUCCAGGGGAAGCACAGCAGUCUCAGGGGCCAAGACAUAAUCAUCCACUGGGGUGGAUACUCCAUCCUCCUGAUAUUGAUCUGUUUGAUGGUCGUAGUUACCCUGGUCAUGUUCGUUGUAGUCGAUUCACGGUUUAAAAAACAAUGGUAA